AUGACUUCUGAUUCAAAUAAAGAGAAUGAACUGUCUAAGUAUAUUAAAGAAUUUACACCGGGUAUUGUCGAGAAAAAAGUCAGCUAUGACAAGCAGUUCUCCGUCACGAAAAGCGAAAUCGAACUAGAACCCUUACUCAAACCAAACCCACACCGCUUCGUCCUUUUCCCCAUAGAAUACCACGAUGUCUGGCAUUUUUAUAAGAAGGCUGUAGCCUCUUUUUGGACUGUGGAAGAGGUGGAUUUAUCCAAAGAUCUCAUACAUUGGGAGUCUUUAAAAGUUGGGGAACGUCAUUUCAUAUCCUACGUGUUAGCCUUCUUUGCGGCAAGUGACGGCAUUGUCCUCGAGAACCUCCUGGAACGCUUCAGUCAAGAAGUCCAGAUUCCAGAGGUUCGUUGUUUCUAUGGAAUGCAGAUAGCUAUCGAGAAUAUUCACUCUGAAAUGUACUCUUUAUUAAUUGAUACAUACAUCAAAGACUCUAAAGAAAGGGACUUUCUCUUCAACGCCAUAAGCAACUUAACUUGUGUUGCUAAAAAGGCUCAGUGGGCAUUAGAUUGGAUUGGUGAUUCUAAAUCUACUUUUGCAGAACGCUUAGUUGCUUUUGCAGCAGUGGAAGGUGUCUUUUUUUCUGGUAGCUUUGCAGCUAUAUUCUGGCUUAAGAAACGAGGUCUUAUGCCUGGACUGUCUUUUAGCAAUGAAUUAAUCAGUAGAGACGAAGGACUACAUUGUGAUUUCGCUUGUCUAUUGUUUAAACAUAUUAUCAAAAAGCCUCCCAAAGAACGUGUUGAGUCAAUAAUAAGAGAGGCGGUUCUGAUAGAACAGGAGUUUUUAUCCGAAGCCCUACCAGUCAGCUUAAUUGGGAUGAAUUGCAAACUGAUGUGUCAGUAUAUUGAAUUUAUCGCUGACAGGCUACUGGUUGAACUUGGUUAUGAAAAGAUGUAUCAUUCUGACAAUCCUUUUGACUUCAUGGAAAACAUAUCAAUCGAAGGGAAGACUAACUUCUUUGAGAAGCGAGUUGGUGAAUAUCAACGGGCUGGUGUUAUGUCUCGAGCGAGAGGCGAAUCAACCCAUAACUUUUCUGUUGACGAAGAUUUUUAAUAUUGUGAUUGGUUUUGUGCGCACUUGGUUUUCGGGGUUUGAUAUUUAGGGCUGUGGAUGCGCUAACAUAGCGACUCUAGUACUCAGUUUGUUAUGAGGUAUUUUUGAUGCACUAGUGUCGUCUUGUAGUUAUCAAAUGUCCUUUCCAAGUGGUUAACCACAAAUUCCAUGUGUUUUGUGCUACUGUAGUACGGGAUUCAGUCUACGCAAAACAUUGGUAGUUGUUCGUCACCUUAUCACUCAUGUUAUAAAGCCAGAUUGGCAGUUGGUAUAAGAUUAGUUGUAGUAUGCUAGCAUUUAAACUGAGAAAUGUUAGUGCGAGUGGUAAUCUUAAUUAAGCAGAGUCAAAAGUUUCAAGUUCUUGAGAACUGGUCAAAUAAGGGUUGUGGGUAUCUUCUACGCACAAUUAUGUAAACAUAUGGAUGGCAUCGUAUAUCAAGUCAUGACCUUUAAAGGGUUUGAGGGAUUGUCGAAUACCAGUUAAUAGAGAGUCGCUUAAAGUCUGGUACACUUAUUAGUAAGCAGUAUUUGUAAUAACCGAUUAGUUCCAGUAACUGAAGGCUAGCAAUUGUAAAUAGUGGUAAACAAGAGCCCCAGCAGGUUAAUAUUGUGUACGAAUAUUCGAUCAAAGGCCCCUCCAAAACAGUUAACCAACAUGUGGUAACAUGCGGCUCCCGGAUGCCCUGGUACGACCGAGAGUGGCGAGUCAGCUCUCAAGUGAACACGUGCAUACAAACACUGCCAGUGAAGUCCUACUCACUGCCUUCUC